UCGUUUCUUUACGGGUUUGGCAGCAUCCAUAGAGGAACAGCAUCUUUUCUCACUUCUUCUCGGAAUAAAGGCAGAUAAAAACUUUCCAAAAUGAAUCCCAAGUUCUCAGAAAGUAACAUGCAGGAGUACAAGGACACAUUUAUGAUGUGGGAUAGGAAAGGAGAUAACAAGGUUGCUGUCCCUCAUAUUGGACAUGUCAUGAGGUCGUUGCUGUGGAACCCAACAGAGAAGGCUAUCAAGAAAGUCGUCGGUCCAGACAGGGACGAGUACGACCGUGUUGACUGGGAGACCUUCUACCCCAUGAUGAAGGAUGUGACAGCAGGCAAGUUUGGUACCCAUGACGACUUCAUCGAAGGAUUGAAAGUAUUUGACAAGGACAACAGCGGGACAGUCAACUGUGCAGAGAUCCGUCACGUUAUUUGCACUCUAGGUGAGAGGCUAGAGGAAGCUGAGGCCGAUGUUAUUCUCAAGGGAAUGGAAGACAAGAAAGGACAGGUCAAUAUUGACGAAAUUGUCGCUAAGUUGAUGGUAAAUGCUUUUGAAUAACCAUCAUCAUCGUCAAGGCAAGUGCAUGCACCUGAAUAUGACGUCAUCAUCAUCAUCACAAUCUGAUAUCAUCAUCAUCAGAAUCUGCUAUGGGUUAUUACGUAAUGAUUCCAUCACUGUUUCAUCUUCAGUAUCUUCCGCGUCAUUAUCAAAAUCAUUUUCCCUCUUUUCGGUGACAAAAAAAUCAUCGAGUAUUUCAACACCCAUUUUCACCAACUGCAAGAGAAUGCAUUAUGAACACUUUUUGGCAUGGUAAUUUAUGGAAUGCGCCAGGUCUUAUUUCUUCUCCAUCAAGCCCGCAUUGAAGUCACCAUGUCCAGCUGACAUCUUUAUAUCUAUUCAAAUAUAGAUGCAAAUUUGCAGAAUGCUCUGUGAUGGUAAUAUAUUGCAUUUUCCGUUAUGAUUGCAUCGAGAAUGAACACUUUGCAUGAUAGCAAACAUAAUUUCUUGCUUGAUGGGAAAGCAACAGCCAAGCUUUUUAGUCACCAAAGGUAAACAUUGUAAACAGUUACGUGACGUGACAACGUCCCGAUACACUCUUAAAACAAACGAGUCAAAUUGACUACAUCAGUGGUCAGUAGGAUGCAACUUACUUGUCGAGUCAUAUUUCUGACUAUAUUCUCGUUACAUAUGACUGGAAAAUAGUGAAAUAAGACUAAAAUAACAGUUGCACGCAGCUGAGCCCAUUGAAUUUCUGGUAAUUGUAACUGAUUUGUUUUACUGGUCUUGAAUUAAGUUCAUAUGAAGUCGAAAAGAUGCAUGUCUGACGAGUCUUUCGUCUGCACGUAUAUUAUAUUCACCUUUCCUCUCAAUUUAGUUAAUGCUACGACCAGAGUUUACAAUCCUUAAAAAAUGUGUUACACAGUAAAAAUAUAUUAAAACAACAUGUCUACAUUCUUGUUUAUUAUAUGAACUUAUAAUUGUUCUUUAAGAGAGUUCAAACAUAAUGUUUUAAAACAUUCAAGCAACAACUUUUAGGCAACAAAAUCAGAAAUUCGGCAUUGUUGUUUAAAUUUUAAACAAUAUUGUUUAAAUUUUAAAUAGUUGCUGAUUCGUUCAUAUAGUACACCAGGUUGUAUAAAUAUAAUGUUUUUACUAUGUAUGGGGCAAUGGUAUUUGCAUGUUUCACCACCUUCGCAAAAUGUCUUCAUACGUCAUUUUUUUGGCCUCUAAACAUUAUUGCACAUAUUUAUUAUCACUAGACAUUGGUAAUGCAUUAUGCUUCAUAAAUACGAAUGUUACUUGUGUAAUCAAUGACUUACACAGUAAAACGCUGGUUAUUUAUUUUUUAUAUGCAACACUGUUUACUCUAUGAUCCUUACAGUAGUUGUUUAAAUAAUCAUAAACAACAAAAUAUGAUUACCAUAUUUAAUUCUCAACAAAUCAAACAUGAUUGUUUAAACUGUUAGACGACUACUGUAAGGUUAAUAAAGUAAACAGCGUUGUAAAAAAAUUCAAACGGCAUUUUACUGUGUACACAGCAUAAACACUGGUGUUGACUUGACACAGACCCGGUAGCACCAUUUGAAACAACACCAGUGAAGUAGAAUUAUAGUUUAAACGCGCAUUAUAUCGUUAAUUGCCUAUCUGGUGUUAGCUCAAAGCCAAUCUGGCGCUGCCUUUUCAAUGCUUUUCUGGGGUUUUCCUAUAUAUAUAUAAAAAUAUAGAUACCCGGUUGGGGUUGACUUAACACGAGUGUUUGUACAGUGUAGAGGCGACACUAGUACGUCGAUUUCACAUGGUAUUUCACUUGGCAUUUGUAUUGCAUUUUGCUCCACUUUAAGAAUCUUAGAUCAGUAUUCUAUAUCACAUAAUGUUUUUAAUGACAUCUUUAUAACUUGCACAGACAGCAUCCAAUAUUGCAUCAAUGCUGGUAUCCGCAGAGUCGAAAUCAAUAUAGGCCCCUCCUAUAUGUAUUUUUAAUACAACAAAAAAUCUACAUCAUGACAAAAAUCUAGAUACAAGUGAAUUUCAGUUAUGCCUAUAAUUAUGUACCAAAAUACUUAUUUGCAUAUUGAAUCAUGAAUGACCCAUUCGGCGACGAAGAAGAAGAA